AUACCACAAUUAGCAAUUGUUAAUGCGUGAAAUUACUGUGAAGAUCAAGGUGUUCAGUAUUGUGUUGAGAGCUGAUCAAAAAGCGAACGCGAUGAAAUCCAUGAAACUUGAAAUGAGAAGAGAUAAAGAAUCGAUGUUUUCAUGAUAAUGAUCAAGUAAAAUGCUUAAAUUGUUAAGCACAUGACCUAGUCUAGCUCAAUCUUAAUGAUCUUGUCUCUUUAAUUGAUUUUAAUGUACCACUUGGGAAAAUCAAAUUAUCAAUCUCCACAGUAACCAAUCAACUUCUUGAUUGGAUUUCUAGUUUUUUUUGUUCCCAGCAUUUAAUUUGAUUUACACUCUUCAUUAUGGUUCAAUUUUAACCAAUUUCAAGAUUAUUACGUUGAUUUUUUUCUUCCUUUUUUCUCACUCUCUUCUCUAAAUAGCUCAUAAUUUGUUAAUCCAUCAUUAAACCUGUGCUGAUUCGCUAUCAACUUGUAACCCAAUUUGAUUUAAAAAAUGCCUUUGGAGCUUAGCCGAGAUCCACCUGAUAUUGAGAAUUUACUUCAAUUGAAUCCGAAAACUCGAGCUCAUGCAAAUGUUAUCCCAAGUAUUGAGACAAAAGUCAACAAGAAACACUGGAAACGAAAUGAGGACAAAACUUGUUCGACCUGCACUGAUUUGGAAAACAAUUUUGAUGAUAUUAAACACACAACAUUGAGUGAACGAGGAGCUUUAAAGGAAGCAAUGAGAUGCUUGAAAUGUGCAGACGCUCCUUGCCAAAAAAGUUGUCCUACAAGUAUUGAUAUAAAAUCAUUCAUCACCAUGAUCAGUAAUAAGAACUAUUAUGGAGCUGCCAAAGCAAUUUUCUCAGAUAAUCCUUUAGGGUUAACUUGUGGGAUGAUUUGUCCAACCAGCGAUCUGUGUGUUGGUGGAUGUAACUUGUAUGCCACUGAAGAGGGACCAAUCAAUAUUGGAGGUUUACAACAAUUUGCCACCGAGGUUUUUAAAUUGAUGAAGAUCCCACAGAUUCGUCCCCCAAAAGAUGUUUAUCCGUACGAUCAUUCACCUAAAUCCUAUGGAACCAAAAUUGGUUUAAUUGGAUGUGGACCGGCAUCAAUAUCAUGUGCUACCUUUUUAGCUCGAUUAGGUUAUACUGAUUUAACAAUAUUUGAAUCAAAACAAUAUGUUGGUGGAUUGUCUAGCUCAGAGAUUCCUCAAUAUCGAUUACCAUUACAUGCUGUUAAUUUUGAAAUAUCUUUGUUGACACAAUUGGGAGUUGAAAUACGAACGAAUUCAUCUUUAGGAAAAGAUUUCACUUGCCAGUCGCUUCGUAAUGAUGGGUACAAAGUUCUUUUCAUUGGAAUAGGUUUACCAGAACCAAAAUCAUUAUCUAUUUUUGGCAAUUUGGGUCCAUCUCAGGGUUAUUAUACAUCAAAACAGUUUCUUCCCGUAGUCUCGGAAGCUUCAAAGCCGGGCCUUUGCUCUUGUAAACAGUUGACUUUAUUACCCGACUUUAGAGGGAAAAAUGUAUUGAUUCUUGGAGCCGGUGAUACUGCCUUUGAUUGUGCCACUUCAGCACUUAGGUGUGGAGCUCGACGUGUCACUGUUAUAUUUCGAAGAGGAUUCACCAAUAUAAAAGCUGUGCCAGAAGAAAUGGAAUUAGCUCGACAGGAAAAGUGUGAAUUUAUACCUUUUUGCUCGCCAAGAGAGGUUAUUCUCGGUCCCAACAAUUCAAUUACUGAAAUGAUUUUUGUCCGAACAGAGUUGGAUCCAACAAGUGGUGCAUUGAUUGAGAAUGAAGAUCAAUUUAUCAAAAUCAAAACCAACAUAGUUAUCUCGGCAUUUGGGUCAACAUUGGAUUCGGAAGAUAUUAAACUAGCUCUAGAUCCAGUCAAACUUAACGAUCAGGGUUUACCAAUUAUCGAUGCGAAAACAAUGGCAACAAAUGUUGAUUGGAUAUAUGCGGGUGGAGAUAUCGCUGGUAUUGCAGAGACAACUGUUGAGUCCGUAAAUGACGGUAAAACCGCUGCAUGGUCCAUCCAUAAAUAUAUUCAAGUAUCUCUAUUCAAAGAUGUUGUACCAGAAACUCCCAAGUUACCUAAAUUUUAUACUCCAAUUGAUUGUGUUGACAUAAGUGUUGAAGUCGCUGGUUUACGAUUCAAGAAUCCAUUUGGUCUAGCCUCUGCACCACCGACAACUUCUGGGCCUAUGAUCAGAAGGGCAUUUGAAGCUGGUUGGGGUUUCGCAUUAACUAAAACUUUCAGUUUGGAUAAAAAUCUGGUUACCAACGUAUCACCUCGAAUCAUUCGUGGAACUACUUUUGGUCCAGUUUUUGGUCCUAAUUUAGGCUCUUUUCUAAAUAUUGAACUGAUUAGUGAAAAAAGUUGUGCAUAUUGGUUGCAAGUAAUAAAAGAGAUUAAGCGCGAUUUUCCAGACAAUAUUCUUAUCGCCAGUAUAAUGUGCUCUUUUGACGAAGAUGAUUGGAAAGUGUUGGCGAAACUCGCAGAGGAAGCUGGCGCUGAUGCUCUAGAGCUUAAUUUAUCUUGUCCACAUGGAAUGGGUGAAAGAGGCAUGGGGUUAGCCUGUGGUCAAGAUCCACAGUUAGUUAAACAAAUUUGUUUAUGGGUCAGGGAAGCAGUUGAAAUUCCCUUCUUUGCUAAGCUCACACCAAAUGUUACAGAUAUUUGUGCCAUAGCUAAAGCUGCUCAUGAAGGUAAAGCGAAUGGAGUGACAGCAGUUAACACUGUUUCUGGGUUGAUGGGAUUAAAUGAUAGAGCUGAACCAUGGCCUGGAGUUGGAAUCCAAAAGCGAUCAACUUAUGGUGGAGUCAGUGGUUCCGCUAUUAAACCUAUUGCAUUGAGAGGAGUUUCAGCUAUUUCCAAAAUACUCCCUGGUUUUCCAAUCUUGGCAACUGGCGGGAUAGAUUCAGCUGAAGUUGGAAUCCAGUUUAUAAUGGCCGGAGCUUCUUUGCUUCAGGUCUGUUCUGCUGUGCAAAAUCAAGAUUUCACUUUAAUUGAUGACUACGUAGAUGGACUAAAAGCUUGUCUUUACUUGAAAGCCAAUCGCCAUCUCUAUCCUGAUUGGAAUUUCCAAUCACCACCGACUUUUAAACAUCAAAAAGGUAAACCAGUUGUUUUGGUUGGUAAUGAUUUACCAAAUUUUGGACACUUUGCUGAAAAGAAGAAAAACCUUGUGGGCCAAAUGCGAAGAGCAGCUUUCAAUGAAAGUAAACCAACUAACUCAGUAAAUGGUAAUCAAGAUAAGACCAGUGAUGACUCCGCCAAUUACAGAAAGCCAAUUCCUCGCAUCAAGGAUAUCAUUGGUGAAGCUGUCCCUAGAAUCGGAACUUUUGGUGAACUAGAUACAAAACAACAAGUAGUUGCUUUAAUCGAUGAGGAUAUGUGUAUUAAUUGUGGUAAAUGCUACAUGACUUGUAACGAUUCUGGUUACCAAGCAAUCAACUUUGAUCCAGUAACUCAUAUACCAAAGGUAACAGAUGACUGCACCGGUUGUACAUUAUGUUAUUCGGUUUGUCCAAUAAUUGAUUGCAUCUCAAUGGUUCCUCGAAAAGACAUUCUUAAACCUAAAAGAGGUAUCGAACCAGAUUGCGGGGUAAUCCGACCACAAAGUCCUCUUCCAGUCCAAUGAGGCAACCCAGCAAUGGAUUUUAGAUAACCAUUGGAAACUAAAACAAAAAAUACACAAAUUAAUAAUAUAAUUGCUAUUAAUAUUAAACCCACAAUAAAAACAAAUCAAUUUA